AUGUCAGGGUACGAUGCUCACAACGGCUCCGACUCGGAGGACGAUGGCUUCAACCCCGCGCCAAUGGUUGACGAGGACGACAUCGCGACAAAUGGAGAUGUGAGACCUAGUGCCCAUGGCGACGACGAUGACGACGAAGACCAGGCUGCUCCGAGAAGGCAGCAGGCAGAAGACGAGGAAGACGAGGACGAAGGCGCUGGACGUGAUGAAGAAGAAGAAGACGACGACGAAGAAGAAGAUGACGACGACGAUGAAGAUGUAGUUCAACGUCCGCACAAGCGAAGGAAGAAACAGCGUCGAAAUGUCUUCCUUGAUGUUGAAGCCGAAGUUGAUGACGAAGACGAGGAGGAGGAAGAAGGCGACGAUGAAGGUGGCAUCGAAGAAGUCCACCCCGAUGAUCUCGAUGAGCAGGCCGGCGCUGACCUCGAUGACCGCCGCCACCGCGAGCUCGACAUGAAGCGCCAGGUUGAUGCCCAGAAGGACGCUGAACAGCUCGCCAAAGAACUCGACGAGAAAUACCGUCGCAGAGAGAUGCAGCGCGCCCAAAAGGCUGCCGCUGGUGCUGUUCCGCUAUCCCUUCCUACCGUCAACGACCCGUCCAUCUGGGGCGCCAAAUGCAGGCCGGGAAAAGAGAGGGAGGUAAUUAUGGCCAUCAUGAAACGCAUCGACGAAUUGAACCAUGCUGGGCGGCCAGUUCGUGUCUACUCGGCCUUUGAGCGUGGAGGGACAAUGACAGGUUAUAUCUAUGUCGAAGCCGAUGCGAAGCAGGACAUGAUUUCCUUGAUUGAGAACAUCCCCAAUGUCUUCAUGGGCCAGCCGCAGAUUGCUAUCGAGGUUAAGGAGCGUCCAGACCUUCUCCGGAAGCGGAAACGGGACCCUCUUGAGGAGGGCAAGUUCGUCCGCAUGCUGCGGCCAGCCUUGUACAAAGGCGACUUGGCCAAAGUCGUCGAGGUCCAUGCCAACGGCUUGGAUUGCACAGUUCAACUGGUUCCUCGGCUCGACUAUGGUCUUGGAGAGGACGCCAAUGCUGGAACUGAUGGCACUAAGCGGAAGCGAGGCAAUUUUGGCAGGACAACAGAGCGCCCGCCACCUAAGCUCUUCAACGAGAACGAGGCGAAAAAGAAGCACAUGAAGCAUCUGAAUAUGGCAGGUUCUGGCGGCCAGAAGACAUUCACAUACAAGGGGGACGAUUACCAGAACGGGUUCCUUAUUAAGGAUGUCAAGAUCAACCAUGUCAACGCUGGGAACGUGAAUCCACGAAUGGAAGAGAUGCAAUUCUUCUCCGUCACGAGCGCCGACGGAACAGAGACUCUCGACCUCGUUGCGGUUCAGGCUGCCCAGAAAGCUGCGCAAACCGGCUCUAUCUUUGCUGCUGGUGACAAUGUAGAAAUCUACGAUGGUGAGCAAAAAGGCGUUCGCGGUACUACCGUCUCAGUGCGAGGAGAUAUUGUCACGCUUCGAGUGACGGAGGGUCCCUUGAACGGUCGACGAAUCGAGGCUCCGGUCAAGACUCUGCGAAAGCUCUUCCGUGACGGUGACCACGUCAAAGUUAUUGGCGGGAGCAAGUACAUCGAUGAAGUAGGUCUUGUUACUAAGAUCAAGGACGACAAAGUUACCUUGCUCUGCGACUCUACACAGCAGGAAAUCACGGUGUUCAGCAGGGACCUAAAGAGGGCAGCUGACUCAGCUACGCUUGGACACGACUCCGACUUCGAACUCAACGACCUAGUGCAGAUCGAUGCCGCAACUGUAGGUUGUGUCGUAAAGGUCGAUCGAGAGGUCCUUCGUAUUUUGGACCAGAACGGUAACCUCCGUACCCUGAUUCAUUCUCAAGUCUCUACUAUCCUCGGAAGGAAUCGCAAUGCUGUAGCUACGGAUCGAGACGGAUCAGAAAUUCGAAAUGACGACCUAGUCAAGGAGCACGGUGGAGAAGGCCGAUCAGGCUACGUUCUCUACAUCCACAGGGGCGUUCUUUUCGUUCACAACAGAAAUGAGGUCGAGAACAAUGGUAUUUUUGUCGUUCGGAGUACCAACGUUACCACUCUCGCAGCGAAGAGCGGUCGUACCCAGGCAACUGGUCCAGAUCUCGGGAAACUGAAUCCUGCUAUCCAGCAGGGUGGUUCAAACGGCAAUGCCAUGCCUCCUCCACGAAGCAUGGGUCGAGACAGACUUAUUGGGAAGACUAUCACGAUUCGCAAAGGGGCGUAUAAAGGCUUGCUUGGUAUUGUGAAAGACACGAUGAAUGAUGAGGCUCGUGUAGAGCUGCACACCAAGAACAAAAUCAUCUCGAUCAAAAGAGAUCUCUGUGGUGUCAAAGAUCCUGUCACUGGUAACAGUAUGGAAUUCGGCGGUAAGUUUCCAAACCGCGCUCGUGGUGGAUACUCUGGUUCCACGCCUGCCUAUAACAGUGGACGUACUCCAGCCUGGGGCAACCCAACUCGAAAUGGACCAUCAUGGGGUACGCCUGCGGGAGGCCGCACACCCGGAGGCCCGUCUUGGGGCGGAGGCCGAACUCCUGGCUGGGGCGGCGGCGAUGGAUCGCGUACGGCAUACGGAGGGGAUGGAUCUCGAACUGCUUAUAGCGGUGAUGGAUCUCGUACAGCAUAUGGAGGCGAUGGUUCCCGGACAGCUUACGGCGGAGCCACAGCCUACGGCGGCAAUGAUGGGUCACGAACCUCUUACGGAACAGGCUUCAACUCUUCUGGGGGUCGUACCCCAGGAGAUCCAACAUGGAGUGGCGCACCCUCGAAAUCACCUUCCAACAGUCUCUCCGCUCCAACGCCAGGUGCAUACAAUGCUCCGACUCCCGGUCCAUACUCGGCUCCAACGCCUGGAGAAUACUCAGUACCAACUCCAGGUGGUGCACCGUUGGACGCUCCUACUCCUGGCAAUUAUUCAGCACCGACUCCCGGAGAUUCUGCUGCGCACCCGACACCUCGGGGAUACGGCGGGUAUGGAGGCGGGUAUGGGGCAACGCCAACUGCGGCCCCAACACCCGGUGCCUGGGCUCCCGAAACGCCAUGGGCUGGUGGACCUGAGACGCCCGCUCCAAGUGGAUUGGACGAGGAUCCUAGGUAUGAUUGA